CCAUGCUUGCAUGCUUACGCACCACGCACGUGACGUUUCUUGCUUUACGUGAUGACGUCGCGUCGUAGGCUCAGCUGUGAUGGCAGCCGUGGGUUGACAUCGAUACAUUACUGAAUAUAAACUAUUUAAAAGUUCGCGGAAAACCCCCCGAAACACAAUAACGUAGAACCAAACUAGCAGCUGUCAGAUAGUUCACACUGAAACACACACACCGGCCCGGUCUGGGGGAACGGUCAGCAUGUUUGGUGGCACUAUGCCCGCAGCUACUGUGGAUCACAGCCAACGAAUAUGUGAGGUUUGGGCCAACAACCUGGAGGAGGAGCUGAAGAGGAUCCGACAUGUCAUCCGAAAAUACAACUACAUUGCUAUGGACACAGAGUUUCCAGGUGUAGUAGCCAGACCCAUCGGAGAGUUCAGAAGCAACGCUGACUAUCAGUACCAGUUGCUGCGCUGCAAUGUGGAUUUGCUCAAGAUAAUCCAGCUGGGCCUCACAUUUAUGAACGAACAAGGGGAAUACCCUCCGGGAACGUCGACCUGGCAGUUCAAUUUUAAGUUUAACCUCACAGAAGAUAUGUAUGCACAGGACUCCAUUGAGCUCUUGACGACUUCAGGGAUUCAGUUCAAGAAGCAUGAGGACGAAGGCAUCGAGACGCUGUACUUCGCGGAGCUGCUGAUGACAUCAGGAGUGGUGCUCUGUGAUGGGGUCAAGUGGCUGUCUUUUCACAGUGGCUAUGACUUUGGAUACCUGAUCAAGAUUCUGUCCAACGCUAACCUGCCUGAGGAGGAGGUGGACUUCUUUGAGAUUCUUCGCUUGUACUUUCCAGUCAUUUACGAUGUCAAGUACCUCAUGAAGAGUUGUAAAAACCUGAAGGGCGGGCUCCAGGAAGUAGCUGAGCAGCUGGAGCUGGAGAGGAUCGGACCACAGCAUCAGGCCGGCUCGGACUCUUUACUCACAGGCAUGGCUUUCUUCAAGAUGAGAGAGAUGUUCUUUGAGGAUCAUAUCGACGAUGCAAAGUACUGUGGUCACUUGUACGGCCUCGGCUCCGGCUCCGCCUACGUCCAGAACGGAACAGGGAACGCUUACGAAGAGGAGGCCAACAAGCAGCAGUCGUGACAUCACUCUGAAACUCUCCCAUCCUGCGGUUCUCAUGCACAAUCAAGUGCGGCGCUGAAGCCAAGCUUCAUCAACCGGAUGACGAUAAUGGAAGAACACGAAACAUACACACACACAUCAUUUAGCAAGCUGCUUCUCAUAGGCUCUGCUCACCUUAGACAACUGAAUAUGAUGGUCAAAAAAAAGAAAUCACAGCUGUCCUCACACAUGCCCCCGCUGGCUGCGUGUGUGUGUGAGUUUAGUCUUGUAUUCCUGCGAAGCAGUGUACACCUUCUGGUUGGAUCAGUUGAAUUUAACAUGCUUGAAAAAGAUGGGAUUUUAGUUUUCCUAAAAUGUUCUGUAGAAAUGUUUUGCACUUUAAAGCUCUAACCUGAUUUUAUAUGGAAAGCUGACAAAUGUUUCUGGUGUCUUUGUUGCCUUCUCUACGUUCCCAUUUUACAUUGUGAACAUAUAAAUCUUUAAGAUCACGACAACCGCUCUCACCACGCUCAGCCUUAAUAUUAGCUGCAUUCUUCUCUUUUAAACUUUAAGUUAUUGUGCUGGUUAUCUGACGGUGAGCAGAUGAUCCAUUCAACACUUAAAGCUGCAGUCAGUAACUUGUAGCAAAUAUUAUAAAAAGUUAUUUUUAUAAAACGGUUACUGUAUCCUGACAGUAGUGA